AGCGAAGAGCAGUGGUGACAAGGUAUUGCAUCCGCUUGCAGCUUUCAGGAAGAUUGAGAAGUCAUUUGUUGCAAUCGGGAUCUUUAUCACGAGAUGGUGGAAACAAAACCGAAGGAAAAAUCGGCCAUCUCUUGUUCUCGUUUACCUUCGUCUCUUUCCUCUGCAAACCGCAGCGCAGCAGGAGGAGAUUCUUUGUCGCCCAGCGUGAAAAAGUCUGUAUCACCCACAAUCUCGUCUUCGUCCACUCUUGCAGCUGCAGCGGAGGGGUCGUGCGUCGCGGUUGUUGAAGAAAAAGUAACGGGUCGCGCUCAAGCUCAACAAGACCAAGACGCACGGCUAGAAGGUGUUGCAUGGUCUGCACCAAUUGCACAAUCUGGCACAUCAACGAGCACAGUUGAUGCUCUUCUCCCACCGGAAGUUCGUGGUACGGUCGAAGAACUACAGCAUAAUUAUCGAGAAAGUUCUUACACCGUCGAAGACGAAACCACGCACGACGACUGCUUCAUCGUGAAGUUCGAACACGCGGCGCCGGAGUUGGACGUCGAGGGCGCCCUGGACGAUGGCGCGACACGACCGCUGUUGGCGAAGGUGAAGGAAGCAGAGCGACAGGAUGAACAGCGGCCCUUCGGAAAAGUUGACAUGAAUUCAGGAGUUGACCUUGAUCCUACUGCUUCAACCCCACUACUUGAAACAGGUUGCAGUCAGCAUGCUGAAGAAGAUUCGUUCCACGGUGGCCCGCUGCAAACGAAAUGCCCGCAUCAAGUGGAACACAAGAACCACUCGAUCAAAAAAGCAGCGGACGCGGAGCACAAAAAUCAUAACCCCGAGGAGUCCUCUUCGACGUCGAAUUUACCCGUGCUACUUUCGGGGAAAGAAAAAGAUGAUGUGGACCUACAUGGUGUACUAAAUUCAACAGCAACUACAUCAAAACUGCACCACUUGGUGGAUCACCCGAUCAUGCUAGACAAUUUCACUGUUGUGCCGACCCAAAGCUGCGAAAAGCAUGGAAUAAGCUGCAAGGGAGGAAAUCGGGUUCACGAAGAUGGAACCACCGUUGUGAAUGCCGCGAAAUCAGCCGAAAAUAAAUCCAGCCUACAGCAAGUCACGCAGGUUCAAAUUGGAGUUACAAAUGAAGUCGAUGAGAACGUGAGGCACAAGAGUAUAACCAGGUGCAUGGGAGAUGUGAAAGACAGAAGUGGACGGCUGGCCCCCGACGAUGUGGUUUUGGAAAUAAGCAACCCUGCUGCCGUUGUACAGACCACGGGUCAAGAACAUCUCCAGAGGCGAAGUGACCAAGAGGAUAAGCCACAGGCACACGGUGUUCACAACGAAGAGCCGCUGGAACAACUACACGACACUCAAUCCGACCCCCUCGUAGUUCCUCCCGAACUACCCGUGAGUGUGAAACUGCGCAACAAGAUGGGGACUACAACGAGAAAACAGCACACGUCAACUUCCCGCGAUUCCACUUCUACACGAAUCGAAGAUUUGUACGAAAAGGACUCGAUCCGGGAGAAAAGGAAAAAACAAGCCGCGAACCGGAAUUGUUUGACCUGUUUGGUGAUCAAAUUCUUCUCAUAUCCACAGAAAAAAACCCAUCCAAUUUGUCAUGCAAAACACGUGUCAAGUCAUGUGUUUGUCAUGCAAAAAGUGGAUGUGGAUGGGUUUUUUUCUGUGGAUAUCUCAGUCGUGGCCUGUGGACUGAUCGUAGCGAUUGGAGUGGUCGGGUUGCUGCAGGCAGAGGUAAUAAACGAGGCGUUUUGCUCUUCGUCUUUCUAUAUCUAAUCUUGCGGUAGAACUACACUUGGAGAUGGUCCUAUUGAGAAGGGGAAGAAGAACCCCUGUAGUUUAUCAUUUGUGCAUAUGAGUGACAAGUCAAAAACAAUGACAAAUCCUUUUCCAGGCCGACAAUGCAAGACGGGCCGUUAAAGCUAUGGAAGCGCGAUUCUUGCAGCAGUCGUUGCAAGAUUCGAGAAAUUUCGCGUCCGCUGGGAUUAUAUUCAAUACGGUGCCUACCCCUGCGAAAAAGAGUGCUCUUCUCAAUAAGAACAUUGGAAGACAAGCAACGUCGUUUUUGCUACAGAAUGACCAGCUUCAACAGCAGCAAAACUUCGGGAAGGCAAACAAGGACGGCAAAGGAGUAAAUCCAGCAUUCGAACCCGAAUUGGAACCGGGGACGCCAGGGGGUCUUGGUGGAGGGCAGGCGGAAAAAUUACUGGCACCGCAGUAACCGUAAUGGCCGGAAAGUAACGUGUGGGAGUCGGUGUCUUCUUUUUUAGUUUCGCGGUGCGCGGAAAGUAUAGUGGUAACCAAGUGGCAGGAGUUCAUGAGCACGCAUGAGCCUGUGUGUGCACACAAAAAAUAUAACGAUGAACAUUUAGAUUUAGAUGCAUAAACACAUCUGGGACCGCCCGCGGGUUCCAAUGCAUUCUGGAUAUCCACUGAGUACGUCGACCGAACCGUCACGGUCACUGAUAUGCAUCUUCCCUUGCAAAUGAAAAUUGAUGAAGAAUUCUGAAUACAUACGUGGUUACUAACCUGGACACAGUUGUAGUAUCUCCACUUCUCAU